CCGUGUCUCUGGGCGGGGGUGCUGUGUGGUGGAGGAGCACAGUUUCCGUCAAACGGAGGAGCAGGGAAAGGGAGACGGGCGAGAAACAUGACACGAAAUCGCCCAUGUGAAGGGUUUCACCUUGAAGGAAUAAAAAAUUUCCCUCCAGUUACGAGAGCGACGAGCGUAGGAGGACAAUAAGUGUGAAAAGAAAGCGGAAACAAACGGAAGAAGAGGCCCCGUCAAGAAGCAAAGGCGUCUGACAGAAAGCUCAGGAACUGAACUCCGGAUUUGUUUCUUCUUUGUUGUUAUUGUGAGGCGACACAGAAGUUUUUUUUUUGUUUGGUUGGGUGCAGUUAAAUAGAGCUGUGAUUUAAUUUGAGUGUUUUUUUUUCUCUCUCUCUCUUUUGUUUGUUUGUUUUGUUUUUGUUUUUAAUCUCGGGAGUGCUGAUUUCUUCCUGGAUCGUGUCACGCUGUUCUAAUGCAGACGGUCGUGUCGUGUGCAUUUCUUCCACACGGGAAACAUUUGGCAUCUGGACCCCAAACACUGCACCCAAACUUCUCCUGACGUCUCCCGAUCCAUUCCCCAGCUUUGCCUCCAAGAGAAAGGGGAGUGGAGCUGAGCUGCAGCGUCCGCUUGUUUUGUUUUGGUACUUCUCUUUGGUCUUGGGAGUCGCUCCUGGCUGGACUGUGAAGGUCCACUUCGAGAGAAACUUUUGCCCGGAGCUACACCUCUUGUGUGACGGCAACAAGUUGCAUCGCCCCCGGAUUGGUUUUUGUUUACACGUGUUUCAUGCAACUGCUUGUCACACGGGAGACGUCCAUUGUUGGUCUGGAUUACAAAAGGGCUCAUCCUCACCGCUCGGCGGCUGCUGCAGUCGCGUGAAGACGAGCUGAGUGGCUUGGACGCGCCUCCGAGCUCGGUGACAUUGCCGGCGUGAGGCCGUUUGUGUCACAGGAUUAACCUGAGCGAUAACACCACUCUGCACUGCCCUACUCUGUCCAGUGACGCGUCCUCUCCCUCCCCUACCUCCCUCCCUCCCCACCCCCCACCUCCCAUCUCCCAUCUCCCAUCUCCCCCACCCCCCAAGAAAGCACCAGUAUUUGGAGCUAUUUUUACAUUAAGGGAUGGGGUAAAAGCAGGCAGUUGGAAACCCAACUCCCCUCCAGCUCCUUGUGUUCCAGCCAUUUGUCACCCCCACCUCGCUCAGCCCAACUUGGCAGUAUGCUGGGCGAGCCUGGUUUGCAAAGACUGGACAUAUAGCUAGUUAAGAACAGCAGAAAUCAGAUCAAACAUCUUAUGCUGCAUAAUACAAAAAUCAUCUUGAACCGUGCUGAUCAUGUAGUCUUGGUGACCUGGAGAUACAAGCAGACCUGAAAGUCCAAGGCUGCACUGACCGUAUAAAUUGUGGAUUACUACAGGAGAAGAUGGAUGGAGAAAGAGUUUACUUGUGGCUAACCUUGCCCUGGACUAAGUGAACCUAUCGGAAGCAAGGGGAGUUUAGCUGGACAUUUAGCUCAAAACUCUAAACAAGCAUAGGUGUUAAGAUAUAAAGGCCUACGUUUGACUACCUAGGAGAUCAGUCACCAGCGAACUGCAAGUGCGACACAUUUCCAGCACACAUAAAGAAUGCAUGAAACUGCCAAAACAAGUUUAACAAAAAGCUAACCUGACUAACCAAAUGUUCUAUUCCCCUCCACCCCUCAUAUCCACAGAGAAACCCUAUAUGAGAGAUCUAUAUCUAUAACUCCACAGAAAGACAGAAUUUACAUCUUUUAUAUUUUUACUUGAGAUACGAGCUGCCUGUACACCGGUCGGUUGCCUUAGAAACCACAGUCACAAAAGAAUUAUUUAAAAGAAAAUAAAGAAAAAAAUAAAAAAUACAAGCCAGAGAAGACGGUGCCUUUUGAUUGGUUGGUCGGUUUCCCACCAUUUCAAGAUUCAUUUGUUUAGUUGGAUGUAACCUGCUGAAGGAAGCUGUGGGAUUGGGAAAACUCACAUGAUGAUAGUUACAUGACCCCUCCCACCACCACCACCACCACCGACAAGAUCUACCGAUUUUUAUUUUAUUUUUUAUUUUUGAGAGCGUUUUGAUUGACUGCAUCAUUUCCCUGCUGGAUUGAACAUUUGCCAAGCCUUUUCCAUGGUUGUCACGUCCUCUGUGGAAGAAAAGACUGUUCCCUCACGCAGGAUGGUCCAGUCAGAACCUUGGAUCACCUCAACCCUGCUUCGCAAGAAUAAGAGUGUAAGCAGCUCAGGAUGUCCGCCCACCUCCUCCUCCUCCUUCUCCUCCUCCUCCUCCUCCUCCUCCUCCUCCACUGCCCAGGGCUUCUCCCUCGCUGAGCCAGCCAUGACCAGCCAGCACACUCAUACACACCCCUCCUUCAGCUCCAUCCACUCCAUGGCCGAGCAGCAGCAGGUGCUGACUGAUAUGACCAUACUCCAGCGGAGGAUCCCCCCUAGUUUCAGAGACCCUGCCAGCGCCCCAUUGAGGAAACUCUCUGUUGACCUCAUCAAAACUUACAAGCACAUCAAUGAGGUGUACUAUACUAAGAAGAAGCGGCGGGCCCAGCAGGUCCCUCCUGAGGACAGCAGCACGAAGAAGGAGAGAAAAGUCUAUAACGAUGGUUACGAUGACGACAACUACGACUACAUUGUCAAAAAUGGAGAGAAGUGGCUGGACCGCUAUGAGAUAGACUCAUUGAUCGGAAAGGGCUCCUUCGGACAGGUGGUGAAGGCCUACGACCACCACGAGCAGGAGUGGGUCGCCAUUAAGAUCAUUAAGAACAAAAAGGCAUUUUUAAACCAGGCACAGAUUGAACUACGCCUGCUGGAGCUCAUGAACAAACAUGACACUGAGAUGAAAUAUUACAUAGUCCACCUGAAGCGUCACUUUAUGUUUAGGAACCAUCUCUGUUUGGUGUUUGAGUUGUUGAGCUACAACCUGUACGAUCUGCUGAGGAACACCAACUUCAGAGGAGUCUCCCUCAACCUCACCAGGAAAUUUGCACAGCAGCUCUGUACAGCAUUAUUAUUCCUGGCAACUCCAGAGCUGUCAAUCAUCCACUGCGACCUGAAACCAGAGAACAUCUUGCUAUGUAACCCCAAGAGAUCUGCCAUCAAAAUAGUUGACUUUGGAUCCUCCUGUCAGCUUGGACAGAGGAUCUACCAGUACAUCCAGAGCAGGUUCUACCGCUCUCCUGAGGUUCUGCUGGGGAUGCCAUAUGACCUGGCUAUCGACAUGUGGUCUCUGGGAUGCAUCCUAGUGGAGAUGCACACGGGAGAGCCCCUCUUCAGCGGCUCCAAUGAGGUUGACCAGAUGAAUAAGAUUGUGGAGGUUCUGGGGGUUCCACCCAGCCACAUGCUGGAUGCAGCUCCUAAAGCCAGGAAGUAUUUUGACAAGCUGUCAGACGGUCUAUGGACAGUGAAGAAGAACAAGGAUGUCAAGAAGGAGUACAAGCCCCCAGCCACACGGCGUCUUCAUGAGAUUUUGGGUGUAGAGACUGGGGGCCCCGGGGGCAGGAGGGCAGGAGAGCCAGGACAUGCCCCCUGUGAUUACCUGAAAUUUAAAGACCUGAUCCUACGCAUGCUGGACUACGACCCGAAGAGCCGCAUCACGCCAUUCUACGCCCUGCAGCACAACUUCUUUAAGAAGACGACAGAUGAAGGAACCAACACCAGUUCAUCUACAUCCACCUCUCCUGCAAUGGACCACUCCCAUUCAACCUCCACUACUAGCUCUGUUUCUAGCUCUGGUGGCUCAAGUGGUUCUUCCAAUGAUAACCGCAACUACCGCUACAGUAACCGCUACUACAACUCAGCUGUUACACAUUCAGACUAUGAGAUGACCAGCCCUCAGGCUCCCUCCCAGCAGCAGAUGAGGAUGUGGCCAGGCAGUGAUGGUGGAGGUGGGGGUCAGGACCCAGCAUACACCCAGUUGCUGCUCCACAAGCCUGCUGCCUCCCAACCACACCAGCGCCACUUCUUGGACCCACCCCAUCACCCCCACCCAACUUACUCACACCACGGGAACGGUGGUCGCGGCCUGAGGCAGGCGGGACAGACGGGCAUCGGCGGAGGUGGGGGGGGGGGGCAGCAGGAAUCCUCACCCCAGAUGAGUGACAGCAUGGAUGUGGGUGUGUCCCUAGGACUGCACCACUUGGGGGCGGUGUCUUCCAUGGAGGCCUCUCAGUUUGGCUCUGCAUCUCUGCCCCUCGCUCUGCCACUUGGACUGUCUGCCUUCCGGACUCGGACAGCCCCCAGCGCCCCAGGGCAACAAGCCCCACCCCCUGAGGACUACUACCCCGCCUCCAACAACAAUAACCCCGCUGCGGGGGGCAGAGGGAGGCCAGACUCAGACGAGGGGCCGGCCAAUUCUUGAUAAAACCUGAAACAUGCCCUAAAGCCAUACAAUUUUAACUGCAACUACAACAACUACACACACACAUACACAGACACAGACACAGACACACACACAUACACAGACACACACAGACAAGAGUCCAGAGACAAAGAGGUGAACUUUGUGCUCAAGUCGACGGUUCGUACUGCAUGAGAGGAGGAGGAGGAGGAGGAAGGAGGAGGAUACUGCGAAGAAGAAGAAAAAAAAAAAAAACUCGCCAUUUAUCCAUUUAGUUUGUUGUCCUCGUUGCGACUGUAAUUGGAAUGAUUGUGACGAGAUUGUUUUUAUUAACAUUAUUGUUGAUUAAUUCUAUUUUAUUUUU